AGAACGCGUGAGCCUCCUGCGCGACUUCUCCUACGGGGGCCGCGGGGGGACAAUCGCUCCUGACCCCCUCCCUACGGGCGCCGUGUGGGUUCAAUCCCUCCUGCCCGCUCCAUACGGGGCCCGCGAGGGGACACCCGUCGUGCGAUGGAGGCGCGAAGGCGGCGGCGGCGGCGGCGGGAGGCGGAGGAGCCGAGCCCGGCCGAGCGCGCGGCGGCGCUGCAGCGGCGCUUGCUCGAGGCCCGGGACGCGCUGCGCGGCGAGGCCGCUUGGGAACACCUGCGGGCGGCAGUGGGCACGGCGCUGGGCGGGCGCGGGGCGCAGGCCGAGGAGCCCCCCCCGCGCUGCGUGUGCUACGGGCUGGGCAGCGUGGCGGCAUGCGCGGCCGCGCGGCCCCAACUGGCGCUGCUGCUGCUGCUGCUGGACGAGCUGCAGGUGCCCCGCGAGCGCUGCCGCGUCUUCGACCCCGUCUUCUCCGCGCUGGACGUGGCCGUGCUGGCCGAGCUGGGCCUGGCGGUCGUGUCCGAGAACGAGGAGGGGAAGCACCCCGCGGGCGACGGCACCACCCUCUUCUACAUGAUCCACUGCGGGAAGGCGUUGUAUAACAACCUGCUGUGGAGCAACUGGUCGGUGGCGGCGCUGUCCAAAAUCAUCAUCGUCGGGAACAGCUUCCGGGGCAUUGAAGAGAGGUUGCUGUCGAGAAUAUUAGAGAGAGAUUAUUCCUACAUAGCAAAGGUUUUAAAAGGAACAGAAGAAAUUCCACUUCCCACUCACCCUCAGUAUGCAGAUGUAUUCAAUGACACUUCUGUUCACUGGUUCCCUUUACCCAAACUCGAGGAGCUCCCGAGCGACACCUGGCUGUUCCAGGAAGAGCCAACAUACCAGGAGUGUGAGGACCUCGAGAUCAUCCGGAAGCAGGACAAAGGGAGCAUUUUAAGGUCAACCCAGAAUGAAGUGGAGUCUUAACAGUUCUGUGGCUUGGUGCCGUUUUACAGGGCGACAUUCAUCUUCUCUUUUAUUAACGUAUGUUACGUUGAUGCCUGACACUGUGGACCUCAGCUGUUGGCUGGCUUGACAUGGCCAGCUAGAAACCUUGAAGGCAGCGGUGCCUGCAAACAGGGGUAAAUGGGACACACUUUGUCUAAUAGUGUGAAAAUGACACCUUGGCUGAUGCCAUUUGUAACGACAGUAAACUCGGUUUUGUACUAAA